GGGACAGUGCCAGGGGUGGCAGUGCCAGGGGGCGGGAGGUGCCCCCCCCGGGAGUGCUCUGCACUCCCCUCUCCCACAGCUGCACCAUGGCCAUCGAGGAGCUGCGCAGCGGCCGCUUCUGGCGGGGGGUGCUGACAGAGCUGCUGGCCACCCUCAUCUUCGUGGGGGUGGUCCUGGGGGCUUCAGCAUCCCCGGGACUACUGGCACCAGCCCUGGCCGGGGGGUUGGUGGCCGGGGGGCUCCUCUGCACCCUCGGGGGUCCCCAAGCCAACCCCGCAUUGACGCUGGCCCUGCUGUGCACCCGCAAGCUGAGCGCCCUGCGCGGCGCCGCGGGGCUCCUGGCCCAGUGCACGGGGGCCACGCUGGCCUCUGCUGCUGCCCGUGCAGCGCUGCAGGACGACACCGGCCUCGUCACCAGGGUGAGCGCGGUGGGGACAGCGGGGACAGCGCUGGCGUGGGAGACCUUUGCCACCUUCCAGGUGGCGCUGGCCGCCUUUGCCACCUCUGAACACGCAGCCCCGCAGGCUGGGCUGGCCCUGGGCAGCGCUGUGGCCGCCGGUGCCCUGGCUGCAGGGCCGUUCUCGGGGGGCAGCAUGAACCCCGCGCGCUCGCUGGGGCCGGCCAUCGUCACCGGGCUCUGGGACGAUCAUUGGGUGUACUGGCUGGGCCCGGUGCUGGGCGCGGUGCUGGCCGGGCUCUCCUACGAGUUCAUCCUGGCUCCCGGAGCCUCCCGGGAGAAGCUCAGCGCCUGCCUCGCCUGCCGGGACGUGGCUCUGGUGGAGACCCCCAGCCUGUCCCCGUCCUCGGUGGCCCACUGCCCCCCAGCCCCCCCGGCCGAGCAGGACACUGCCUGA